GCCCCGACAUCCAUUCAUUCCUCCCGGCCGUUCCUUCUCUGCCGACACACACACCUUCAUUCCUCCACGUGGUGUGUGGCACACUGUGUGUAUGUCCGCUGUGUGGAGGCCAUCGGUCAAUUCCUCUCUUACAGCGGUUGAAUGCACUGUGUGAAGGCAUGAAUCCUCUGGCAGUCUGUCUCUGUCGCUUCGAUCAGUCCCUCGGUUGCCAGCGCACCACAAUACCGCAGCUGUUAAUGUCACGAGACGUCUGCACACACAAACGUCAGACAGACACACAUCAAAGGCAGGGAGACACGUCCAUUAAUUACAUGGUUGCUUACAUCCUGGUGGGAUGAUCUCUCCGUCGCUUCGGAUCGGCCCCCUCAGCGCACAGGGCGGCCUCUCCGACCGAUUCACACCUCGCUCCAUCUUCUCUGCACACAUCACAACAACAACACACACACACACGCGCGUCACGUGGCUGUCGGUCACUGGAUCUCUCACCUUUGAGCUUGAGUGCCGUGACAGCUCCUGGGUGAUAGUGGUGGUGCAGCCGUCCGCUGCAGAACUGCACCCGGCCGAAUGUGGUCGUCUCUUCGCUGGGCCGGAGGGUGAAGAACCGACAGUCUUCCAACUCGUCACUGGACAUCACACAUCACACACACAGGGAGAGACACUGACUCUAUUGCUGCGCUGCCCUACCCACCAGUGGUUAGCGGCUGUGGUGGCGUUGAUGUUGUCGUGUUGCUCGAGCGUCUCGCUGCACGCACUCAGCAUGUUCGAGUAGACGUCGUAGUUGGCAACCAACAGCGGCUUGACAUAAGUCGUGGCAAACCUUCAAUGAGGAGACAGCGAGAGAGAGAGAGAGAGACACGUGCAGUGUGUCUCUGUGUGUCAGAAGGUCGUACGGCGAUGUUUGUGUGGUCAGGGUUUGGAGCGUGCGCAUCCACGUGUCAUCGAGACACACACGUGCAGUCGGCCAGCUGAAUGCCGUGCACUCAGUGGCCUUGUCGCACCACUCGCGCAUCUCAUCGACGCCACUGAUGCCCUGACGACACACACACAGACAGACAGACAGACAGACAGACAGAUGGACAGACAAUCGCGUGACUGAUUGAUUGAUGUGGUGGAGAGGCUCACUGACUGACUGACCAUUUCUGCCGGCAGGAGAGUGAUUGACCGGCGACAGUCGACUGUGUGGUUGGCUAUCUGCAGGUACUCGGCCACACAGACGCCUCACCUGUGCCAUCAUCAU